GUGCAGACAGUCCUACGGAGAGUCACCAAGGAUCAUAGUGCAUGAGGAAAUCUAAUAAUCUAAUAAUAAGGAGGAAUUCAUUUUUUUUUGCUUUAUGCUGGAAGAACCACCAACAUGUCUUCAAGAACAAGAGAACAUGGAGGUGAACGUCCUGCUCCGGUAUUUGUACAGAUGAAUGACCUGGCCUGCGAGAGUGUCGGAGGGAAGGUGUUAUUCGCUACAGAUGACUGGUUCGCUCCAGCUGAAAAUCUUUUGAAGAAAAGUGACCCAGAAUUCAAGGCAGGACUGUUUACAGAGUAUGGAAAAUGGAUGGAUGGUUGGGAGACAAGGAGAAAGAGAAUUCCAGGCCAUGACUGGUGUAUAAUUGAACUCGGUGUUCCUGGGGUCAUUCAUGGGUUUCUCGUGGACACACAUUUCUUCACUGGAAACUAUUCACCACGCAUUUCAGUUCAAGUCGCCUGUUUACAAGAAAAGAUAUUAUUUCCUCCAAGAGGGGACCGAAUUGGGUCAGCUGCAAAUGAAGAAGAUGUUAAAGCAGUUGAAAGGAUGCGUUCAGAAAAAUGGAAAUCUUUACUGAAGAUGACAGAGCUCCAACCAGGAUACGCUGAAUCCUGCCAUAACUACUUCUGUGUCAGCUCAGAAGAGAGAUGGACACAUAUUCGACUCAACUUAUACCCAGAUGGUGGAAUAGCGCGCUUUAAAGUCUAUGGCAUUGGACAGAGAGACUGGUCUUUAUGUGGCCCCAAUGACUUGGAGGACCUUCUGUCUAUGGCUAAUGGGAGUGUGUGCCUUGGAUACAGCGAUGCUCAUUAUGGCCACCCCCGGAAUCUCAUAGGCCUAGGAAGAGCAGCAGACAUGGGUGACGGGUGGGAGACAGCAAGAAGACUUGAUCGCCCUCCCAUUUUAAAGGCUGAUGAAAAUGGCAUGCUCCAAGUCCCGGGAAGUGAAUGGACAGUGUUUCGGCUUGGUCAUCCUGGCCUGAUAACACACAUCGAAAUAGACACUAACCACUUUAAAGGAAAUUCCCCAGACUCCUGCAAAAUUGAAGCCUGCAUUCUGACCACACAAGAGGAGGAAGAAAAAAUCAGAGAAAAAUGGGCUGUGACUGUGGAGAACAAAUGGAAAACUCUUGUACAUGUGACGAAGCUCCAUCCUCACAAGAGACAUUUUAUUGAUGGAACAUCUUUAUCACUUCAAGAAGUCAUAACUCACGUGAAGCUCACCAUUGCUCCGGAUGGUGGCGUAAGCAGACUACGCCUCUGGGGAUUUCCUCGACAACUGUCUUGAGAUGGUGCUUACACCUCUGUUACAGAAGGAAUAUGUCUAUGUAGAUCGACUCAUUCAGUGAACCUCAAACGUUUUAACAGGAUUUCUGUGCAUAAAAAUUAUGUUAUAGUUGUUAUUUGGUGGUUCAAGUUUCUAACUUUGAUUAAACAAUAUGUCACUUUGUGUGUAUCAAUAUUGAAGCCGAAUUUCACUAAGGAAAAAUAAAUGUGCAAAUACAAAA